CGUGAAGAGGAUAUGUAGUGUCCCAGAUAAUCUUACGGACCCUGCUCAAGCAACGCUUCUGUGCUAUGCCCUGGAUGGGAGGGAGGGAACUGUCAAUGAUAUUUUCAGCCAUUUUUACCACUCUCUGCACUGCCUUCCUGUCUGAAGCAGUGAUGCCUCCAAACCAGACUGUGAUGCUGGGUCUGACUGAAAAAGGGGUGAAUAAUUGCCAUUUAUACAUAAUUGGCCAACCCGAGAGCAAGUGGAUGAAUUUCUAUAUCUUGGUGGACUCUGGACAAAUAUAGGAAAAUGUCAGUGGGGGAGGCUAGACCUGCUUAACAACUGCAGCAAUUCGCUUAACAAAUAUGGCUAAAAAAAAAAAAACAUAAAUCGGGCAUGACUCACUUAGCCGCCUUACUUAGCCGUUGUGGCUAUAAGCUGAGGACUGCCUGUAUAUUAAGAUUGUUCUCUUGUGAAGGACCAUGUGGGAUCCCAAUGCAGGGCAGCCAGGUGCCUUCCCUGGAGCAGCCCAUCCCUCCAACCCUUCUUGCCCAGGGGGCUUCAAUCCUGCAUACCCUCCUCCGGUGAACCCUGCGUUCCCUCCAGCACCUAUGCCUGCUGGCCCCUGCCCUGUUCCCCCAGGAGGGAUCCCAGGGCAACCUGCCUAUUUACCAGGCCAUCCUAUUCAGCCCCCAUAUCCUGGUCAUCAGCCUAUCCUGCCUGGUGGUCCUUUGCCUCUACCUGUUCCUGGGAUGCCCGGAGGAAUAGGAGUCAAUCCUCUGCUGCCUGGGGCUGCUGCUGUGGGCACCUGUGUGAUGGACAAGAAAGCUGCUAAAAAGAUGAAAAAGAAGAUGAAGAAGGCACACAAGAUGCACAAACCACACAAACACCACAAGGAGCAUGGAAAGCAUUCCUCCUCCUCCUCCUCUUCGAGCAGCAGUGACUCUGACUGACAUGUCUCUCUACUUUCCAGCUGCAUCCCUUUUCCACCAUGGCUGAUCCUUACACUGCUCUUCCUGCAUCCAGAAAAAGUCCACUAGAUUGGUUAUUAGAUAAAAUCUGAUCUCCAAGAUGGCCGGGUCUCAAGCUUAUCCCUAGGAGUGGUGCUGCUGAUUAACCAGCCUGUUGUGAUCAACUGCUAGGGAGAGUAGGCCACUAUUGGGCUCCAGAACAGUAUAUCUGCACCUGUUGGCAGUUGUGAUUAAAUUUCUGCAGCCAAUCAAAUCAUCUCCUGGCAGUCUGAAUGUUUUAUUGGGAACCAAUCAAAUGAUUAUUUUGAGGUUGGUUGGGAGGUCCAAAUCCACCCAAGUGCUUUUAAAAAUUAUCAUUCACCAAAGUAGUUCUUGAAUGUUCAUCUGGUGCCUGGAAAAAGGACAAAAAAAAAAGGAGAAAUUGCUCAAUAUUAUAACUGCAUUUGAAAAGUGUUGCUGAUUUAAUAUAAACUAGAAUAAUUCGCUUUUUUUAAAGAAAUCACAAAAUGUGCUGAAUCAGGGAUAAGGGCAUAACUGUAUGCAUGCAGAAAUUUAUUAUGAGAUUUCCUUCUCUCUGUCACUAGGAAAUAUACAUACGUUCAUGUAUUUAUGGCAUAUUUUAGAAAACUUAAAUGCUCCAGCAUACAAUCAUUUUUGGUGGCUCAUGGUAUGCUUCACUGAAACACUUUGUUCAUGGCUGCAACCUUAGUUUUGCCUGAAGUUUGUAUUUAGUUUGUGAUAGCAGCAGUGGUGGGAUUCAGCUGGUUCGCACCACUUCAGCACAACCGGCAGCUAAUUUUUUUUGUUGCCCAGGCCCAGAAUGGACUUCCAGAAGCGGCAUCCACACAGAAAACUGGUUGUUCAUAUAUUUGAAUCCCACCACUGGAUAGCAGUAUCUUAGUAAAUUACUCCAGGGUUUUGAAUGAUUGUACUACAUACAUAUUGCAUAAUAUGUUCCAAAUGUCUGUAUUUGGAAAAAGGAUUUUUCUCAUCAGUUCGACACUGCUGAUGCCCCGUUUAAACUGGCUGCUUAUAUAAUACCUAGAUACGUUUCUAAAAUGAAAGGAGAAGUUUGUAGCUAGCCACUUUUUAAAGAGAACCAACCACAACCACAUCUUUAUCCAGCCUGGCACCACUUGAGAUCUCCAUGGGGCUUCAAAAGCCCCUCCAGAAGUACCCACCAAAAUAUAGCAUUUAAUGGGACAGAAAAGAACAUAAAAUAUUUUGGGAGUGACUUUAGUAAUUGUGUUAAUAAUCAGGUUUAAGUAGCGGAAUUAGUAUGUAAAUUAAAUCAGUUUUUAUUGUGUACAUUACAGCUCAGUUUGCAUCUUGUAAUGCAUGUCAGUUAAAGACUAAACAAAAAUUUCACAACUAUCAUUCCUGAAAAUUGUGUACCCCUAAGUUGCAUAAUGCCCACAGGGUUGAACUAAAAGUAUCAUGUUUUGUUAGAAAUGUUGUAUUCUGUUUCAUAGGUUCUUUUUCUGGCCAGUGACAAUAAUUACAAGUCUGAUUUUUGCUUAUCCCAAAUAUAUUCCAAAUUGCUUCUGCCUUGAUAAAAGAUUUUGGCCUUAAUGCUGGCCUGAAUUGUAGUGUGUUGCUUUAUAUGUACAAAAUAAAACUCCAGAAAAGAAUCAAAAUCAAA